CAAAGCCAGUCAUGUUUUGUUACUCCCGGCAAUGCUGGUCUUUGGAUCCGGGGCUCCAGUACCUCCCCCUGCUACGUGCGUAGUGGCUGUACCGGAAGUUCCCGCCUCCAGGCCACGUGUGGGCUCGGCGCCAAGCUUCCGGCUGCUUGGAGCAGCGUGUGCCCUGCUGUGUGGAUCGCGGAGCGGCCGUGUCUGCUACCAGUGCCUGCUCAGUGGCCGGGUUUCCACCCUGUUCCCGCCCCAGGUCGGCUCAGUUCCUGGCCGGGCUCGAGAGGCUAUGGCUUCCCGCGAGAGGAAGCGGAAGGCGGAGGCAGCGGCGGUGGCGGUCGAGAAGCGAGAGAAACUGGCUAGCGGCCGAGAGGGAGUGGAGGAGGCGGCCGUCGUUAUAGAGCAUUGCACCAGCUGACGCGUCUACGGGCGCAACGCCGCGGCCCUGAGCCAGGCGCUGCGCCUGGAGGCCCCGCAGCUGCCAGUGAGGGUGAACCCUGCCAAACCCCGGAGGGGCAGCUUCGAGGUGACGCUGCUGCGUCCGGACGGCAGCAGUGUGGAGCUCUGGACCGGGGUUAAGAAGGGGCCCCCACGCAAACUCAAGUUCCCUGAGCCUGAAGAGGUGGUGGAGGAGCUGAAGAAGUACCUGUCGUAGGGAAGUUUGGGCAGAAGUCCUCGCGCUGAGCCUUCUAUCUCUGGUGAUGUUGGAACAUUUAUGACGGGACGUGGCCAAACCUCAGCCAUGUGCCUGAAGCUGUGGUUUCUUCCCCUCCAGAAAUGAUUCGGUCGUUAGGCAACCCUCUAGUAAGGCAUUAAAAAGUUUUUGGGUUUGGUUUGUUUAAUGAAAGUUGAAACAAAG